GGGCAGGGUGGCUUCCGGUCGGGCCUGCGGGGCCCCGCCAUCAUGGGCGCCGCCGACCUGUGCCGGUCCUCCGAGGGCGCCCGCCUCGUCUUCGCCACCUCCUUCGACCAGAAGCACCCCCCGGAAAACAUCCUCGACGGGAAUUCGAAAACAUUCUGGAUCACUACUGGGAUGUUUCCCCAGGAGUUCCUCAUCGGCUUCCGCAAACAGGUCAAGAUCUACAAGCUCACACUCCAGUGCUACUUUGUGAGGAGCAUCAAGAUCGAAAAGAGCGUCACCGAGGAGCCGUGGGAUUUGGAGAGCUUGGUGGAGAAAGAUCUGACACAUACAGAGGGUCAGCUCCAGACGGAAGAGUUUAUUUUCCCCGGAGCCCAAGCCACCUUCCUGCGGUUCAUCAUCCAGUCCGCCUUUGACAACUUUGUGUCGGUGUACAGGGUGUCGGCAGAAGGGACGGCCGACUCGCCUCCGGCCUGAAGUGGCCUGGUCUGUCGUGCGAGUGGACGGAGGUCCCUCGGGUCCCGCCGAAGGCUUUGGCUUUGGAUUAAAAUGAGUUGCUAUUUUG